AUUCCCGCUCUUGGCACUUGUUUGCUGUGUGACCUUGGGAUGAUGCAUUGACUUUGCCUGAUGCUGAAGAUUUUCAUCAGCCUAAUGGGCCGCCAACAUGUCCAAUGAUUGCAAAUUGUCACCAUCUGGGGGAAACAGUUCCUCAUCAGAAACGUCACUUUCUCCAACCGACUCCAAGCCAUCAACAUUGCCUCUCACUGUCGAAAAUGUUAAGAAACUGGAGCAAGAAUAUUCGGUGACUGAACAGCUUCCUUCCACUAGCACGGUAGAAGAGUACAUCGAGCGGGCUAACCUCUCGAUUCUGCAAAACCAAAGCUCUGUCCCCGAAACGCUCUGGGAGGAAGAAACUCCAGCAGAAUUAGACACCUUGAACCAGUCGGAAAUCUCAGGAGAGGGUGAAGUUGUAAAUGAGGAUCUCUCUCUGACACCCGAACUGCUUGAUGAGAAGAAGGAUGCUGAAGGAGCUCAGGCUCACCCAGAAAAGUCUGAAAAAGAGCCGGGUCCAGAAACGUCUAAGAAAGGAACUGUGCCAAAAACUCUGUCCUGGGCACCGCAGCUUUUCGAGAAAUCAAGGGAAUCCGAGACCGACACUUCCAGCUCCCAACAGCAUUUUCUCCACCAAUCCUUAGAUGGCAGAAAAUACCAAGUGGAGGAAAUAGCGACCCAGACAGAUUGGAGCUAUCCAUCUUUCAGCGAGCAGGCCACAACCUCGUGGGCCGGGGAAGAAAAAGGGAGAACAAGUGAAGAGCUCCUGAACGUCUGCGGGCCCGAGGACAUUGACAGGGAAGAAAGCACGUUGUGGGACGAUGACACAGACGUCAUCAAUACCUUUUCUAGAUCAGAAAUAUGGGACUCCAAUUUGGAUCUGGUGAGCAGCGGCAUUUUCCAGGUUCAUGUACCAACCAGCGAGGAUCAAUUUAUUGAUGAUGACGAGCUUCACAGCAGCUGCGAGUUCUGUCAACAGACCAUCAAGCCUUUCCCGUCUGUUCAUGACCUGGAAACAGCCCCCCUGGAGAACUUGGUGUGUUGCAGAACCUACCAGGAGGUGUUCAGGGGCCUGGUGCGAGACCUAAUGCUGGCCCAGCAGUGCGGAGAGAUCAUCAGCAUCGCCCCUCACCCUCCCCUCUCGCAAGACUUGUUGAAGACCGAAACCAGCGUGAAGCUGAACUACCUGAUAAAAGAGAAUUUUAAGGAGUACCGUACGGUUUUUGAUCAGCUACUGAAGUUUCGUGGCAAGACCAUCAUCUCAUUCAAACUAUCCCAGGGUCUUGCGAGCCCCACCUGUCUCAUUUCCCCGGCUGCCUCUCCUCAUCUCCCUCUUCCUCUUCCUCCUGCCCCCACCGCUGAAGAUCUGCUUGAAGUAGAGCCUUCGUGGGAGAAACAGUACUUCCAGAAGCAGCGAGGUACUGACACCAUCAGGAAAUAUCCCAGUGGGAAGAAAUUCUUCAUUUUCUUUCAAGACGGGUCAGGCCAGGUUUACUACCCGUCGGGGAACUUGGCGGUGCUGGUGAUUUCGGGCCCGCGGGAGCGGUUCACGUACAUCCUCCUGGAAGACAACGUCCGGGGAAGGGUGCGGGCCGUCCUUGGCCCCAGGGGACACGUCACUUGCUACCGCCCGAACGGGACCAUCUGGGUGAAUAUGAGUCCCAGCUUGGGUUUCUACUUCCGUGAGGAAGACUUCAAGCCGAAAGCAUGGAACUGGUGGGAUCCCGGCCACCACGUCCACGCCCCACCCUUUCAGCCUAUUUACCUGAAGCUCAACAGCAACUUGGAGGUUCGCAUCUAUACCCAGGACCGAGUGUUCGUCACCUUCACCCACCGCCCCCACAAACUCCAUUUCAACGCGGGCACCAAACUCAGGCUGAAGGACCCGAAGGACCUGCCCCUACUGAAGGUGCGGGACUGGGCGGACCCGUUCCUCCUCGGCUCCAGCGCCCGGAGGAUCCGGGGCCUCGUGGAGCGGAUGCAGCGGGUCCUCAAGGGCCUGUCGUGCGCCGAGCUGGACGGCUUCCUGAACCCCGCGCCCCCCGUGCCCUUGGUGGAGCAGUUCCUCCGCCACGGGAAGCUCAGCACCUUCCGCUAGCGGGGGGAGCCCCGGAAACCCUCCGGCUCUUUGAGGACGGACUCCGGCUUUCGGAUCCGCUGGGGCCGGCCGCCCACGGGGAGAUCCUCUUGGCGCUCGGCCGGACCCACGGAGACCGGAGGCCGGGUGGCCUUUGCCAAGCCACAGUUUGGAGGGCUGCGACAUACAAAUUGCCAUCUUCCUUGCCCGCCUGGUGGUCGUUUAUUCCACGGAAUUCUCCUCAGCCUCCUCCGCUCUCCUUUUCCCAUCCAGGCUGGCUCGUUCCAGAUCUGUCUCUCUCCCACGUGCUUCCUUCCUCUCCUCUCCUCUCCGUACAGGACGCGGGGCAAAUGUUCUCCUUUCUGCCCGUGCGCAGCCCUGCAAGUUUGGCCCAGGUGUCGGAACUGAACUCAGAAUGGAUCGACUCAGGGAUUUGGUGAGCCGUUUGGGUACUAAGUGCUGUCAUCCUGGAAAAAAGGCAGGCCCCGCGCACCAGGACUACACCUUUCAGCCCCAGGCCCGUUCUCUCACCGUCUGCGGGCUUCUUUUCUAGCGGACAGUUGGUUCCCAGCUGGUUGGGCUGGCCCGGCCAGGACACCUCCAAGUUCUGCCGCUUCCCUCCCGCGAAGAGGCUUUGGGGUGUGGGGCCUCCUGCGGCCCUUACUCCUGUGACAUUUGCUGCUUGGGUCGGGGUUAACAUCUGUGUUGUCUUCUUACCGGUUUUAAAACAAAAGGCUUUCGACAUGUUAAUUAUAAUUGUGACUUAAGUGCUUACUAAUUGCUAAGCAAUGGGGAGAGGGCAGGUUUUUAAUCCCCAUUUUACAGAGGAGGCCCAGAGAGGUUAAAUAGCCUGCCCGGGAUCGAACAGCGGAGCGGUUGGAAAGAGCUCCUGGGAGUGGGAGCUAGCACCCACCCGCUUGGAAAACCGUGAGACGAACGCUUGCUCGAGCUUCCGUUGGAUUUUGCGCGUGAAGGGAGGAAGCAGUGACCGGACUGGGGCGUUCUGGACAGAGACGGAGAGAAAGCACCGCGGACAAUCGGGCGAGAACCCAGCGAAACCGGUACGAUCGCUAUUCUCCACGAGCACGGAGCAGUGUUUUGGAGUUUUGAGGAAAUGACUCCAAACACAAAAAAAUGGGCAGGCUUCACCUGCGCCCUUCCUUCCCCGGUCCCGGCCGCUGUGCCCAGCUGCGAGUCUCUGCCUGGCAGUCCGCUGAAAUUUGCUUCCCUCCACCUCCCUGGCUUGGUUAUUUGGACACUGACAGCAGCAGGUUCACCUGAAAGGCAAGGCAACACAUUAGCUCUGCUCGAAAAGCCUCACUCGAGCUCGUUGAAAGGCGAGGGAUAUGGGAAGCCUCCAGCGUACCUCCGGACCCCAAGUAACUUCCUCCGGAAACAAAAGGGCCCCGGAUCCCCUUUGGACCCCGCCACCUGUUCGGGUAUUUGGCUCUCCGAAAUGGAAACGCUACCACCGUCACCUCUGAGAAUUCCCCCAGCGGAGAGGAGCGCUUGGAGAGGUGGGGCACUCCCCCACAAAAACCCACGGAGAAGGAGGGGGCUCUCUGGAAAUGAAGGUGUUUUCUGGCCUAGUUUAAGGAAGACGUGAGUUGGGAAUUGCAGGGAAGGUCUCGAUGUCCAGCAUCUAAGACCAGGCCCCCAUCUACUAAGCCAUGGAGCUUGGCCCGGCAGAUCCAUCCAGCAAAGAGAACCAGUGCCAUCCGAACCAAAGGGUUGAGUAACGGCGGGCCACGUCACCUUACAAAGCAAGAGAUGAAGACUGGGCUUCUCACCCAACUUCCUGAAGGCCGUAUUUCAUUCAUUCAUUCGAUCGUAUUUAUAGAGCGCUUACUGUGUG